GGCCAUUUAAUCGCUAUCAUGGAUCCCCCGAAGCAAAACAAACAUCUGAUGCCGACCAAAACCGAUAUGGAAAUACCGUCUCCUCCCCUAAACACAUCUAACUUCUUAUUCAUACCAUGUGCCUACUUACCUAAUUCCCAGAUCGAAGGACUAGGCCCAGUAUAAUAAAGUUUUAUGGAGGGGAUUUAGACGCGAUUCAUCGAUAUUCGCUUCGCUUGGAGAGUAAGGCUCAAGACCAACUCUGCUCGACAACGCAACAAGACGCACAAAUUUAUCCCCAUUUUAUCCCAUCGAUCUUCGGCAGACUCAUAACUACUGCUUGAUACCUAUCCUAUGAAAAUAAUCAGCUUAUGAUCUACCAAUCCCAGACCCGACAUACUGCUACUGAACGGGCGCGUUCUCUAUAACCUAUAGGACCUCGUAAGCAUGAAUGCAACCGUCGGAAUCACCCAGAAACAGUUCGACGACUGGCAAGAUGACGUCUCUCCAUGGGCGCCGACGAUGUUCACCUCUCCCUUCGGGGAAAAUAUGCAACCAGUGCCCGACCCGCACUUCUGGGGAAGCCCUGGGAAUAGCUCGGAGGAGUACUGCAGGACCAAUUCGCAAUCGACCGGCGAUGAUCUAAGACACAGCUUCGAUGCCGCCGACAACUUCGAGACCGGGUACACGAUCAACGCCGUGACGAGGCCGCCGGCGGGUUCCGAUCACGACGCGCUCGGCUACGACUACCACCACCGUCACUCCGUCGCGCAGAUGACGGGGCUGUCGGACCCUCGCCAAGCCAUCGACCCCUUCGCGCCUCGCGGGCGACACCACAGCGUCGGCGACGGGGGCGUACAGAACUUCGGGGCGGGGGCGGCGGACGACGAGGGCCUCUUCGACGACAGCCUCACGUCGUCGACGGUGGCCAGCCCGUCGGCGCUGCGCUCGCCGGCGGGGUCCUGGGACUGGACCGGGGCCACGACCAGCCCGACCACAAACCCUACCACGAACGCGACGGGAGAAGCGGGAGCGGGGGAGAGGUCGACGACGACGACGCGGGCGGCAGGGGCGCCGCCGACGAAGAGCCGGCGCAACCGGGAGCGGAACCGGGUGGCGGCGCACAAGUGCCGGCAGAAGGCGAAGCAGAGCAUGACGGACCUGCAGGCGCGGGAGCGCGAGCUCAGCCGGCAGAACCGGAUGCUGCAGGAGCACGCGGGCAGCCUGCGCGACGAGAUUCUGGAUUUGAAGAACGAGAUCUUGAGGCACAGCGAGUGCAAUAGUGAUAUCAUACAGAAUUACAUCGCGCGCGCGGCGAGGGAUGUGAAUUGAUGGGCUUCCAUGGCUGGGAUGGUAAGAGAAAAGUGAUGAAAAGGAAAGGAAUUUUUGGGAACAGGGAACAGCUCGACGAAUUUAAUGAUCGAUAA